GCCCGGCCAAUGGGCGCGCGCAGCGAUGGCGGCGGCGGCUCGGGGCUGUCCGCGAUCGCCGCGUUACGCUGCGGCCCCCCCCGCCCCUCCGCCCGCCCCUCCGGAGCCGUCUGGCUGCAGCAGCGCCUCAGACAGAGGAGGGGAGAGGAGGGGGGGAAAAAAAAAAAAAAAGAUCCGAAAAAAAAAAAGAGAAAAAAAAAAAAAACGCUGAGUGAGUGGAGUGGAGCCUGGGAGGGGCUCCUUAAAGAAACGCUGCCGUCGCUUGGCAUUGUGGCCGGCGAGGAACUCGAGGGGGGGAAGCCAUCGGAGCUCCUCUCGCUAUCCUCUUCCCACCCCCCCCACCCCACCCCCAGCCGACAAAAAAAAAAAAAAAAAAAAAAAAAAAAGGAAAAAAAAAAAAAAAAACAACAAAAAAGCCAAAAAACCUCGGGGGGGGGAGUCGUGGGGGGGGGUCCUGAGAACAUCUUAUAAACCGGAUUGCACUGAGAGGAGGAAAAAAAAAAAAAAAAGGCGAAAAAGAUACAAAAUAUACAAGCAAAAGGCAACAACUCCCCGGUCUCCAGCAGUCGCCCACCCUCCCUUUCCUUCUCUCCUGCUGGCCAUCUGCCUUGGGUUUUCCUUUGUGUCUGAUCUUUUACUACUGAGCCGAGUGCAGGAGGAGGGUGCAACACACACAGGGACUAUGCCCAGCUCGCUUUUUGCAGACAUGGAGAGGAACGGGAGCGGCGGCGGCGGCGGCGGCGGAGGGGGAGAGACCCUGGAUGACCAAAGAGCCCUUCAGAUCGCCCUGGAUCAGCUCUCCCUGCUGGGGCUGGACAACGACGAGACGGGCUCCAUUUACGACAGCGAGCCUCGGAAAAAGAGCGUGAACAUGACUGAAUGCGUCCCGGUGCCCAGCUCGGAGCACGUCGCUGAGAUAGUGGGGAGACAAGGUUGCAAAAUCAAAGCUCUGCGGGCAAAGACCAACACCUACAUCAAGACCCCGGUUCGCGGGGAGGAGCCGCUCUUUGUUGUGACGGGCAGAAAGGAAGAUGUGGCCAUGGCCCGCAGGGAGAUCAUCUCGGCGGCCGAGCACUUCUCCAUGAUCCGGGCCUCGCGGAACAAGAACACGGCCCUGAACGGCACCGUUCCCGGCCCCCCAAACCUGCCCGGCCAAACCACCAUCCAGGUGCGGGUGCCUUAUCGCGUGGUGGGCUUGGUCGUGGGGCCCAAGGGGGCCACCAUCAAGCGCAUCCAGCAGCAGACGCACACUUACAUCGUGACCCCGAGCCGGGACAAGGAGCCCGUCUUCGAGGUGACGGGCAUGCCCGAGAACGUGGACCGGGCCCGGGAGGAGAUCGAGGCGCACAUCGCCAUGCGCACCGGCGGCAUCAUCGAGCUGACGGAUGAGAACGACUUCCACGCCAACGGCACGGAUGUGGGCUUCGAGCUGAACGGCACGGGCAGCCUCUGGAGCAAGCCCACGCCGCCCAGCAUCACCCCCACCCCGGGCCGCAAGCCCUUCUGCAACUACCGCAACGACAGCUCCAGCUCGCUGGGCAGCGCCUCCACCGACUCCUACUUCGGGGGCGGCACGGGGGGGGGCGGCGGCACCCGCCUGGCCGACUACAGCCCCCCGAGCCCGGCGCUGAGCUUCACCCACAACGGCAACAACAACAACAACAGCGGCGGCGGCGGCGCCGCCAACGGCUACGUGUACGGCGGGGGGGGCGGCGGCGGCGGCGGCAGCGGCGGCGACGUCCUCUCCUCCCCGGACUGCUGCUCCGAGCUGCCCUUCGACUCGCCGCCCGGCUUCGACCUGGCCCCCGCCCCGCCGCCGGGGGCCGCCCUCAUCUGGCCGCAGUUCGAGCGCGGCCCCGCCGCGCCCCCCUCGCCCGCGCCCCCCUCGCCCGCCGCCGCCGCCUUCCCGGGCGCCGCGCCCGCCAAUGCCAACCUGGCGCUGCUGGUGAGCGGCCCCCGGCGCGGCGGCGGCGCCCCGCCCCCGGCCCGGCUCUCCCCGCCCCUGCACGGCAGCGCGGCGGGGCCCGAGCACCCGCUGGCGCGGCGGGUCCGCAGCGACCCGGGCGGGCGGCUGCUGGCCGGCUCCUACCCGCUGUACGGCAACGGGCUGGGCUCCCACCUGCCGGGGCUGCCCUCCGACUCCUCGGCCUCCUCCUCCUCCUCCUCCAGCUCCUCGUCCAGCUCCUCCUGCUCGUCGUCCGGCGUGCGGCGGAAGGGCAGCCGCGACUGCUCGGUCUGCUUCGAGAGCGAGGUGAUCGCGGCGCUGGUGCCCUGCGGCCACAACCUCUUCUGCAUGGAGUGCGCCAACCGCAUCUGCGAGAAGACGGAGCCGCAGUGCCCCGUCUGCCACAGCGCCGUCACCCAGGCCAUCCGCAUCUUCUCCUGAGGCCGCGGCCGGGCCGGGGGGGCGCGCUGGGGGUGCCGCUGACAGCGGGUGCAUGCUAUAAAUAAUAACGGGCGACGCCAUUCUAGUGCUAGGCUAGUUUUUACACUGUACUUU